CAGAAGCUGGAGAAGGAGAAGAGCGAGCUCAAGCUGGAGCUGGAUGACCUGGGCUCCAACACGGAGCAGCUCAUCAAGGCCAAGGCCAACCUGGAGAAGAUGUGCCGCACCAUGGAAGAUCAGAUGAAUGAGCACCGGACCAAGUCUGAGGAGGCUCAACGCAUGGUCAAUGACCUCACCACCCAACGAGCCAAGCUCCAGACAGAGAAUGGUGAGCUCUCCAGGCAGCUGGAAGAGAAGGAAGCCUUCAUCAACCAGCUGACACGAGGGAAACUCACCUACACCCAACAGCUGGAGGACCUAAAGAGGCAGCUGGACGAAGAGGCCAAGGCCAAGAACGCGCUGGCCCACGCCCUCCAGUCGGCUCGGCACGACUGCGACCUGCUGCGGGAGCAGUACGAGGAGGAGACGGAGGCCAAGGCCGAGCUCCAGCGGUCGCUCUCCAAGGCCAACUCUGAGGUGGCGCAGUGGAGGACCAAGUACGAGACAGACGCCAUCCAGCGCACUGAGGAGCUGGAAGAGGCCAAGAAGAAGCUGGCCCAGAGGCUGCAGGAGGCCGAGGAGGCGGUG